AAACUAAUUUAUUAUUGUAGGCUACAUUUUCAUUGUCAUAAUAAGUUGACUUAAUCUAGAACUUUUCCGAAGUUGUUCCGACCGGAAAUCACCGCCAGCUGAAUUUUAGACUCUUACACUCACAGAUAAGGACCCACGAGGAACGGAUGCUUUGACUGAAUUAGAUGCAAUAGAGGUAGGCUACUUUUCAGCUUCAAAUCAGAGAUCGAAUUGAAGCAAGGACUCCUCUACUCAUCGUGAACUGCGUGGCUGUAUUGUUAAGAGCUAUUAGCCUACAUUACGAGUCUACAAAUUUAUCCUCUAUGACCCUUAACUGCCAUUCUAAACGCGUAAAGUUGCCAAAUGCCUUGCAAAUUUGCAUGUCGCGAACAAUAGCACAGUAGUAGCGGCAUUUCAAAGCUGACUGACCAGCACACCGUCACGGGGAAGAAAAGAACACCUCCGAGUUUGCACCCACGGCAUCAAGAGGACAUUGACGGACCAUGGCGGCGGUAACAAGCCCGGAAUCAAGCCCACAGCCCCGCGUGUAUUUCCAGACGCCUACUGGUACCGAGGAGCCCGAAACUCCAGUUCGGAAGCAGGGAAGGGUGACCGUAAAAUACGACCGGAAAGAAUUAAGGAAGAGACUGAAUCUGGAAGAAUGGAUUAUUGACCAACUAACGGAUCUGUACGACUGCGAGGAGGAAGCCAUCCCUGAGUUGGAGAUCGAUGUGGAUGAGCUGCUGGACAUGCAGAGUGAUGUGGAUCGUGCCUCAAGGGUCAAGGACCUGCUAGUGGAGUGUUACAAACCUACUGACGACUUUGUGUCUGAGCUGCUGGACAAGAUCCGCGGCAUGCAGAAGCUCAGCACGCCUCAGAAGAAAUAAAAGCUCUUCCCUCACCCUCCCUCCUACCUACCCCUCCUCCUUUUCUCCCUCUCCCCCCACAGCUCUCAUCCUCUCAUCCCUCACAGGGCUCACUGCCCUCUCCAGAACUGAUGGAAGGAGUGGGUGAUGACUGUGACCGCAUCCCACAACCCCCCUCCCUCCUCUCUCUCAGGUUGGGGGAAGAGGAGCAGGGGAAGCGAAUCUAGUCAAUCAGAUCAGAUUAUAAGCAGGGCUUAUUAUGUUCACCAUCUCAUUGUAUUUUAUUCAACUUGUUGUUUUGUUUGUUUUGGGUUUUGAUUUAAUUUUGAUUGAAAAUGUCUUGAAGAGAAGGAAGCAGUUAUUUUUUUAUUUUAUUU